CUCUCAUAUCUUCAUUUUUAUUUUUUCUAUCGAUUUAUUUUUUAGGAACGUACAGACCAUGCUGGAAUUCCAACGAUUGGGGAAAUCAGCAAAUGUUUAAUUUGUUGUCAUCGUUCCGAUCUUUUUGGACUUGGGGAGUGUAUGCAUCCGAUUUGUAUGGAAUGUUCACUGCGUAUCCGGGUGUUUGGAGAAAAAAAACAAUGCCCACAAUGUCAGACUGAUAUCCCUAUUGUAUUUUUUUAUUAUUUAUUUUGUGUUAUUUUACUGUUAAACAGUGUGUUUUAG